AUGGUGAAUUGUAAAGUUGUCACCACCCCAAUGAUGGUCAAUAAUAAACUAUCUAGCGAUGAUGGAAAACCUCUGAAUGAGGAGGAUACAUUCAAGUAUAGAAGCAUGGUUGGUGGUUUGCAAUAUCUCACGCUAACCAGGCCAGAUAUUUCUUUUUCUAUCAACAAAGUCUGUCAGUUUCUGGCUAGACCUACUGAUAUUCAUCUUGAGGCUGUGAAGAGAAUAUUGAGGUAUAUUAAAGGUACAAUUACUACAGGGCUACGUAUUCGAAAAUCGUCCUCCACAUUAUUGAGUGUGUUUACAAAUGUGGAUUGGGCAGGAUGUCUGAACUCUAGACGAUCUACAAGAGGAUUUGCAGUGUUUCUAGGUCCUAACUUGGUUUCAUGGAGCUCACGUAAGCAACCAACAGUCUCUAGGUCAAGUACUGAAGCAGAAUAUAAAGCCUUAGCAAAUGCUAAUCCAAUCUUUCAUGCACGAACAAAACAUAUAGAAGUCGAUUUUCAUUUUGUUAGAGAAAAGGUAGCAAUGGGAGCAUUAGAUGUUCGUUUUAUAUCAUCAAAUGAUCAAGUUGCAGAUGGUCUCAUAAAGCCUAUGACUAGAAGUAUGUUGGAGAAGUUACGAUACAAUCUGAACCUAAUUAUGGUUAAGAUUGAGGGGGAAUGUAAAGAUAAAAGUAAAUAG